AUGAGUCUAGUAGCAGUCGAGCGGGCUAAGGAAAUGGUGCCUCCGCCUCCCCCGGGGGCGCCAUACUCCGUAGCAGUCCCCGGCAGCGAGAAGCCUGGCCGAAGCGCAGUCUAUCGACACUGGAGACAGAAGGACGGAGUUCUGCACUCGCUCGAUCAGUCCGUCACCACCGCGCAUGAGAUCUUCGAGCAGGCUGCUGCCAAGUUUCCCAAGAACAAGUGUCUGGGCCACAGGCCGUACGAUGCGGUGAACAAGACUUGGGGUCAAUAUGUCUGGCAAUCGUACGGCGACGUCCAGAAGAGGAGGGCCAACUUUGGUGUCGGACUCGUUGCGCUGCACGAGCAGGUCGGAGUUCAUGGCAGGCAAUAUGGUGUGGGGCUGUGGUGUCAGAACAGGCCGGAGUGGCAGAUUGUCGAUUUGGCGUGCAUGUCGCAGGCUCUUUAUAGCGUCUCGCUGUACGAUACCCUCGGCCCAGACACGACGGAGUAUAUCAUCAACCACGCAGGUCUGACUGCCGUGUGCUCCUCGGUAUCGCACAUCCCCAUGCUCUUGAAACUGGCACCGAGAUGUCCGACGCUCAAGCUCGUGAUUUCCUUGGACCCAUUGACGAGCGAGGGAGAACUUCCGGGAACUUCGAAGAAGGAGCUGUUGAAUGCGAUGGCGGCGGAGCAUGGCGUACAGGUCCACGAGAUUCGCGGUGUAGAGGCCAUUGGAGAGGCUUCUCCCAGACCUUACCAUCCACCAAGGCCAGACGACACCAUCACGAUCAACUAUACCAGUGGAACGACCGGCAAUCCCAAAGGUGUUAUUUUGACCCACUCGAACGCUGUCGCGGCGGCCUCAUCUUCUCUCUGCAUUUGCAGACAGUCGAAGAACGACUCAAUCUGCUCAUACCUGCCUCUGGCUCACAUCUUUCAGAGAGUGACGGAGGCUGGCGCACUAUGGGCAGGCUCCGCGAUUGGUUACUUCCACGGCAAUAUCAUUGAGCUGGUCGACGAUCUCAAGGUCUUGCGACCCACGGCUUUCAACAGCGUUCCCAGACUCUUCAACCGCUUCGGAGGCGCGGUGAAAGCGCAGACGAUUGAGGCUCCAGGUUUCAAGGGCACUCUUUCUAGGCAUAUCGUGGACACCAAGCUGGCGAACUUGACCCAGGUCCCUGCUGAUAAAGCUACCAACCGCCACAUGCUAUACGACCGCAUCUGGGCGAAGAAGGUUCAGGCUGCUCUUGGUCUUGACCGCGUGAGGACGAUGAUUUCUGGAUCCGCACCAAUUGAUCCAUCUCUCCAGCAAUUCCUUCGAGUGGUGUUCGCAAACAACUUCUACCAAGGAUACGGCCUGACCGAGACCUACGCAAUCUCAUUAGCCCAGAUUGAAGGCGAUUUCAGCGCCGGAAACUGCGGCGCGGUUGCUCCUUCCUCGGAGCUCUGCAUCAUGGAUGUCCCCGACAUGGAAUACCUGAGCACCGACAAGCCACAUCCACGAGGCGAACUGCUUGUUCGUGGCGCCAAUGUCUUCAAGGAAUACUUCAAGAACGAAGCCGAGACCAAGAAAGCCUUCACUGAAGACGGCUGGUUCCGAACGGGCGACAUCUGCUCCGUUGACGAGCUCGGCCGCUUCAAGAUCAUCGACCGCGUCAAGAACGUUCUGAAGCUCGCGCAGGGAGAGUACAUUUCUCCCGAACGCAUCGAAAAUGUAUACCUCGGAAACCUUCCUUGGCUCGCUCAGGGAUAUGUCCACGGAGACAGCACGCAGUCCAGCCUUGUUGCGGUCUUUGGCGUGCAGCCCGACAUCUUCUCUGCGUUCCUGGAGAAGGUACUCGGCAAGAAGAUCAAUCCCGCGGACUUGAAGGGUAUCGAGGCUGCGGCGCAGGAGCAGAAGGUUCGCAAGGCGGUCUUGAGGGAGAUGGCCAAGGUGGGAAAGAAGGCGAAGUUCAAUUCGUACGAGAAUGUCAAGGGAGUGAGGUUGAUGCUGGAGCCGUUCUCGAUUGAGAAUGAACUGCUCACGCCGACGUAAGUCCUCUGCACGGGUUCGUUUGGAGAAGGAAGAAGUUGCUGACCCAUUCUUCGGCUGCAGAUUGAAGCUCAAGCGCCCCCAGACCGCGAAGAAAUACCGCAAUGUCAUUGACGAGAUGUAUGCCGAGAUCGAGGCGGAGAGCACGCCCAAGGCGAAGUUGUAG